AUGGGCCCCAUCUCGCUCCCAGCCUGUUCCUGCAACCAGCACGCCCGCCGCUGCAGGUUCAACUCGGAGCUGUUCCGGCUGUCGGGGGGCCGGAGUGGCGGUGUCUGCGAGCGAUGCCGCCACCACACGGCCGGGCGGCACUGCCACUACUGCCAGCCAGGGUUCUGGAGGGACCCCGGGCAGCCUAUCACCAGCCGUAAGGCCUGCAGGGCCUGCCAGUGCCACCCCAUUGGGGCGACGGGCGGCACCUGCAACCAGACCAGCGGGCAAUGUUCCUGCAAGAUAGGGGUCACGGGCCUGACGUGCAGCCGCUGUGGCCCUGGCUACCAGCAGAGCCGCUCCCCCCGGAUGCCCUGCCAGCGAAUCCCAGAGGCAACAACCACCCUGGCGACGACCUCUAGUGCUUACGGCUCCGACCCUCAGUGUCACAACUACUGCAAUGUCUCGGGCACCAGGGUACACAUGAGCCUGCGGAGGUUCUGCCAACAGGACUACGUUCUCCACGCGCAGGUGCUGGCGGCGGAGGCGGAGGUGGAGGCAGCGGCGGGCCAGGCCUGGCAGCGGCUGGCCCUGCACGUGCUGGCCGUGUACAAGCAGCGAGCACGGCAGCCCGUGCGCCGCGGCGGCCAGGAGGCCUGGGUGCCCGGCGCCGACCUGGCCUGCGGCUGCCUCCGCCUGCAGCCCGGCUCCCACUACCUGGUGCUGGGCAGCGCGGCGGGCGGCCCCGACCCCGCGCGCCUGGUCCUCGACCGCCACGGCCUCGCGCUUCCCUGGAGGCCGCGCUGGGCCGGGCCGCUGCGGCGGCUGCAGCGGGAGGAGCGAGCAGGCGGCUGCCGCGCCCUGCAGCCUCCAGCCCCGGCCUAGCGCCCCGAGCGCGAUGGCCUCGAAAGCCAACGGGUGCGCUAG